GACUGUUACGGUACCUUCUUGACCACGAACCAAGUUGUGCAACAUCUCACUGAGCAAGUAAAGCACUUGUGGUCUGUUUGUAAUUGCGCGAUUGACAGGGUAUCUGCGCUGAAUUCGUCAGAUAUGUCUGCAACAGGUGUACUGACCUAAAGCUUGCUGGUUUAGGUCAUCACAUCAUGUCUGCUAUACGUGCACUGCAAGCAAGUGCUCGUCAAUCACGGCUUCUAGCUGAGACGUCCUCGAGACUUUCGGCUCACUAUAUACAGACACGCUCUGUUCAGACGCAACCUGCAUAUGAGGGUCAUAUUCCUUUGAAUUGGUUUGAGACGGGACUUCUGACCAUCGGCUCGGCAUAUAAAGCUUUAACGGACCCCAGACGCGGUGAUAUGGUCGCCGCUAUUGGUGAUCUUACCUCAGGCCUCGUUCUGCCCCGCCUACGGGACAUCAUGCUCGCCAGUACCGAAGGCAGGCAGAUCUUGAAGGAAAGGCCGCGAAUCAGUACACGGACGGUCGACCUUGAAAAGCUGGCACUCUUACCUGAGGGCACCGUUGGACAUGCGUACAUAAGUUGGCUAGAACGAACUGGCGUUACACCUGAUACUCGAGAACCGGUGCACUACAUUGACGAUCCCGAAUUGGCAUACGUGAUGCAGCGAUAUCGUGAAUGUCAUGACCUCUAUCAUUGUAUCUUCAACCUCCCGGUGAACUUUGAAUCCGAGCUCGCGCUCAAGUACUUCGAGUUCGCCAAUCUCGGUCUUCCAAUGGCCGGCUUCGCAGCUGCGUUCGCUCCCUUGCGUCUAAACUCCGAGAAGAGAGCCAGGUUAUUCAAUGAAGCCGUUCCUUGGGCAAUUAAAUGUGGAACCAGCGCGAAGAGUCUCAUCACCAUAUACUGGGAGAAGAGGUGGGAGCAGGAUGUGAAGAAGGUGAAAGAGGAGUUUGGAAUAUGGGAUCCUCCUGUUGUGAGGUGGCGAAAGCCUUUAAAUGGGACGAAGUUAGCGACGGCUAAGGCACAAAGAGAAUCGGGUGGCCAGUAGGUCAUUGUAGUCCGGUGGUAUGUUCUUUGUUUACGUGUCAUGCCCUUGGCACGUUGCUAUCUAUCUCACGCCAUUCCCUUCCUGGUUCUUCUCCGUUGGACUUCAGACUUUCCCCCCUCUUUGAUCUUCAUUACCAUCGACCUAAGAGGCAGUUGCCUCUCAGAAAUAGAUAGCGCCAAAUGUUCGCGGGCACUAUAUUCAUUAACAAUAUCGUUGACAGGACAAGUUGCAAUUUCAAACGAUGCUCCCCCCUCAUUCUCGUC